AUGCUCAAACGCGACACAGCCUAUCUGGUGUUCUUUGUAACCCACAUCCCCAUCAUCUUCCUAAUCGACACAGUCCCCCUGCAACCAACAUUCCUCCAAACGAACCUCUCCCACACUCUCCGCCAAUUCUACAUAGACACCUACCAUGACAAAUUCUUCGAAGAUCCCGCCCCAACAUGGUUCACCGUCUUCAUCUGGAUGGAACUGAUAUACCAUGUUCCCGCAUCCAUCUGGGCAGUGCGGGGGUUAUUGAGAGACCACCCCCUCAUCCCAGUUCACCUUCUCGUUUUCGGCAUCCAAGCCUUCCUCACGUCGCUGACUUGUCUGGUGGAUGUAUGGAGUUGGACUGAUCGCUCGACGGAGCAGAAACAGCAGAUUACGAUGCUUUAUGGGCCUUAUGUGGCGUUGGGUGCUUUCAUGGCUUUGGAUAUGGUGUUCCGGCUACGGGGGAGACUUAUGCCGAAGAAUAAGCGGGAAUAA